AUGGCGCCACCCAAACCUUUCCUCCACCCUCUCAAAACACCGAAGACCACGACCAUGUUCCCCUCCGAGCUUCAUGGCUCUCCUAUCACCGCCAGUUCUGCCACGUCUGACCUGGUCAUCAAACGUGAAGACGGGAGUCCCAGCAGUGGCAGUGCAAGACUGACUCCUCCGGACUCUUACACAAAGUUCCUUGAAGCCCUCACACCGACCUUCAGCCCUGUCACUCCUGGUGCGGGAUUCAAACGUUUCAACUUCGAAAAGCGCCGCCCAUCACCAAUAACCGUACCUUCGAGCGCAUCGAGCGACGGUCCGAAGACCACUGGUGCUCUUCUACCAUCACCGCCCACAGUGACCAGUCCCAAGUCCGCCACUCCACAAUCUGCCAGACUCGCCAUUCCCUUACGGCGCCUUUGUAUCCCCCCAACAUGCAUAUAUUCGCCUAUUUCAGACUCACCAGCAAGUGCACGCACAAUUCGAUCCCCAUUCACACCAUCAGAUUGGAAAAUAAUUGAAACACCGAGGAGCGCCGGUAGUGGGAAGCCAGUCCGGGUACGCCAUGUGGUGACCCGGACGGUGACAUACAAGCGCACGCAUUUGGAUCCUCCGCCUCGGGGAAAGAGACGCAAGACCAAUGAAAGUGGGGAUUCUUAG